GAGAUGUCAGAUUUUUGGAAUAACUUCAUGAUGGAACUGAGAUAAUAUGAAAUGAUAGUUGGGGCAAAUGUUCAAGGCAUGCUCAUCUUUUCUUGCUGUCAAAAAUAUUGCAAAGUUUUGUUUUGUUUUGUUUUUUUCCCCAGGGAUAAAUCACUGCUUUAUCAGACUGACCCCCCCAAGGUUCCAAAGCAAUUAUCAACAUUGGAAAAAGCCACCAAAAACUUGUUAAACUCUGACCCUAGUAGGUAGCUUAUUAAUUUUGGUGAAGGGUGUUUGAUAAUCAUAGUAAAGAUAGUACCACAUUAAUGUAUCUACCUCUGAAAUCAUAGGGUGUAAGAAACCCUUUCCUAGAUGAAUUACCUUCAUUUCAAAUCAUGAAAACUGAGUAGAUUUUCUGACAUGUUUGCCUGAAAGCCUGACAUUGGCUGGAGGUUGGAAGAUUAAUAAUGAUAUCUUUAAAACUAAAGUCAUGACCAGCACUCCUUUUCCUCUCGCUACUUAAAAUACAAAAGGAACUUAUGGACUUGUUAGUUUUUAGAAAAUUGUAAGAGAGAUGUCAAGUUCACCAACACAAUCCAGCUCUAAAUAUAAUACAAACUGUAACUAGACUAAGGAGCUCCUUUAUCAAAACAAAGUCCUAACCCUAGUCUAAAAUAUAAACUGUAUAUUCCUCACUAGUAGAAAAUUCUUGUCUUUACAAAUCUUAAAGCUAUAUAUCCAGAGCAAGUAUUGCUAAUUACCUUUUUGAAUAUCCAUUUUUAUGCUAGAGCAUCAGGAUUCCUUGAAGACUUGGGUCAUUGAAUUACUACUUCAUUCUUAUCUGAUUAAAAUGAAAAUUGAUUAAGUUUCUAUUUAUUUAGCGAAUGGACAACCUCUGCUGAGACAUAGGUGAUAAGAAUAAAAGAUUUAUGUCAUGUCAGCACUCAACUGGACCAAUCUGCAUCCCAACAAGUUUCUUCUUCUUGGAAUUCCAGGACUUGAAACCAUUCAAAUCUGGAUCUCCAUCCCCUUCUGUGCAGUGUAUAUUUUGGCCUUCCUGGGGAAUUGUACCCUUCUGGUCAUCAUCAAGAAUGACUCCAGCCUGCAUGAACCCAUGUACCUCUUCCUUUCCAUGCUCUCAGUGGCAGAUUUGAUGAUCACUACUACCACACUUCCCAAAAUCCUCAGUCUUUUCUGGUUCAAUGAUAGAGAGAUAUAUCUUGAAGCUUGUCUCACCCAGAUAUUUCUUAUACAUUCUCUGACUACCAUGGAGUCUGGCUUCUUCUUGGCCAUGGCAUUUGAUCGCUAUGUGGCUAUAUGUAACCCCCUUAGACACUCAGUUAUUUUGACCAAUUCAAUUAUCAGGGGUCUAGGUUUGGCCAUUGUUACAAGGGGAGUUAUUUUGCUGAGUCCUCACCCGUUCAUGCUUCGUUGGCUUCCCUACUGUAAGACCAAUAUCAUUCCCCACACUUACUGUGAGUUUAUGGCACUGAUUAGACUUUCCUGUGCCCAGACCAAGAUUCACAGAGCCUACAGCCUUUCUGUUGCUUUUCUUACUGCAGGAUUGGACUUCAUCCUGAUUAUAUGUUCUUAUAUCCUAAUUCUGCAUACUGUAUUUCGCUUACCCUCCAAGGAAGCCAGACUGAAGUCACUGGGUACCUGUGGUUCCCACGUGUGGGUCAUAAUGACUUUUUAUACUCCUGCUUUUUUCUCCUUCCUCACACAUAGGUUUGGACAUCACAUUGCUCCCCAUGUCCAUAUUCUUGUAGCUAAUAUCUACCUUCUUAUACCACCCAUGGUAAAUCCUAUUAUUUAUGGUGUUAAAACUAAACGGAUCCGGGAGAGGUUCCUCAAAAUCUUUAUGAACAAAAUUCCUUGA